UAACACCAAAAGAAGGUGCUCAAGUUGAAUUGAAUGCAGCUACUGGUGAAGCUAAAUUAUCAAUUCCGAAAGUUGAUUUACAACAACAUGCAGGAACAGUAACAUGUCGUCUUGAAAAUCCACAUGGAACUCAAGAAGAAACUGUUCGACUUGAUAUUCUUGCUGCUCCACUUAUCACAACACAAUUACCAAAACAAGAAGAAACAGUUAGUGGAAAAGACGUUACAUUACGAGUUGUUGUACGUGGUUCUCCACGACCAGAAGCACAAUGGUUCUUUAACGAUACGCCAAUAGCACCAGAGAAUACUUCAUAUGAUGAAGAAAAGAGUGAAUAUCAACUAUUGUUGAAAGAAACGUCUGUUACUGCUAAUGAAGGAACAUAUCGAGUAGUAUUGAAGAAUGAACUUGGAGAAACGGAAUCAACACCAUGUGUAUUGACCGUAUUGGAACCAGUUAAAUUAACAAAGAUUUCUCCAACAUCAGAAGUAAUUGAUUUGAAAGUUGGUGAACCAUUUGAGAUCUGCGCUGAUGUUGAUGGAAAAGAAGCGCCUAAAGUACAAUUAUUAAAAGAUGGUAAAGAAGUUAAAUUUACAAGCAUUGAAGGUCCACGACAUGUGUAUUCGGUAACUGAGGUGAAACCUGAACAUCAAGGUGUAUACAAAUUGACGGCAAAGAACAAGACAUCAACAGAAGAAGCAAGCUUGACACUCAAUGUCACUGCACCUUUGAGCGUACCACAACCAUUAACGGAUAUUAACGUACUUCUUGGUCAACCUGGUACUUUCAAUCUGACAUGUGAUGCAUUUCCUACACCAAAAGUUACAUGGUUCUUCAAUGAUACUGAAUUGAAAAACUCUCCAAAACACAAAAUUGAAACAAAACAAAAUGUAUUUUCUCUAACUGUUAACAAAUGUGAUCAUCCUGAUGUUGGUAUUUAUCGUGCAUAUAUCGACAAUGGUAUUGAUCACACUGAACAAACUGCUAAGCUUCACGUUGGAGUCAAACCGAAAGUUGAAGCCGCAAAACCAGCUAAUGAUCAGACAUGCAUUAUUGGUCAAGAUACUCAAAUCUCAUGGAAAUUUAGUGGUAUUGAAAAACCUCAAGUUACUUGGCUCUUCAAUGGACAACCAUUACCGACUAAUGAACGCUUU